UUUAAUUAUUUCUUCCCCUGAUAACAGAGGCGUAACCAAAAGCUUCUAGAAGAAGCACCUUCUCCAGCAUUGACCGCUGAAUUGCGAAAAGCCAUGGGCGAUGCAGCAGUCGCCGCAGCAGCUUCCAUUGGGUACAUUGGUGUUGGCACUGUGGAAUUUCUUUUAGAUGAAAGAGGUUCCUUCUACUUCAUGGAAAUGAACACUAGGAUUCAGGUGGAGCAUCCUGUAACAGAAAUGAUUUACUCCGUUGAUUUGAUAGAGGAGCAGAUUCGUGUUGCAAUGGGAGAGAAACUUCGUUACAAACAGGAAGAGAUUGUGCUCAGAGGGCACUCAAUUGAAUGUCGUAUCAAUGCAGAAGAUCCAUUCAAAGGAUUCAGACCUGGCCCUGGCAGAAUAACAUCAUACCUGCCAUCUGGAGGUCCUUUCGUUAGAAUGGACAGCCAUGUUUAUUCCGACUACGUUGUGCCUCCAAGCUAUGAUUCUCUUCUAGGAAAGCUUAUUGUGUGGGCUCCAACAAGGGAAAAAGCAAUUGAACGGAUGAAGCGUGCUCUUGAUGACACUAUAAUUACAGGGGUUCCAACGACCAUCAAUUACCACAAACUUAUCCUUGAUGUUGAGGAUUUCAAAAAUGGAAAAGUUGAUACAGCUUUCAUCGUCAAGCAUGAAGAGGAGCUAGCUGAGCCUCAAGAAAUUGUGGCAGUGAAGGAUCUGACAAAUGCAGCGGUUUAGAAUGAUACAUCAGCUCUGAAAGACCACCCAAUUAUUGCAAUCUUCGUCUCCUUUUGUGUUGUUAUUGGUACAAACUUCGGUAACGAUACGAUUGAUUUACUCGAGUAUGUGGUUUUAUCGUGAUGUUCUUCUUGUGUCAUAAAGAAGAAGAAACAGUUUUGUUUGUA